UGGUGUUGUAUGUGUCAUACCAACAGGUGAUGCAACCCCAUUAAGAGAACGGUAUAAAAGAAGUGUGACCAUAUUGUGCUUUUUAGCAGCAUUCUUUGCACAAGGAAUUUGCCUUCAUGACAAAGAAAGCCACAGAAACAGGGAUUUCAAUAGUCAUAUGGAAAAGGGCCAUCAUCAGCAAUGUGGAAAUGAGUCUUACAUCACCUCAGAAAGUGUUUGCUGUAACGGUCAUUUAACUAAGGGAUUAAGCCAACUGGUGGCUGACUGCUGUGGUACCAAAGCUUACAAUAAUCUAAAUGAGAUUUGCUGUGAUGGCAGCCUUUUCACUCGAAGCAGUGCUCAAGUGCAGUGCUGUGGCGAAGUCAUGUACCUACCGACUCGUUCGUGCUGUUCUGAGAAAAAAUUAACUGAUCGGAAGGAAAAUCAUGAUUGUUGUGGCGCGGAAUCAUUUGACAAGACAACCCACAUCUGCUGUAGCAACCCUCUUUCAGUAAAGCCCAAAAACACGCCUUGUACAAAUCUAGCAAAUCCUCCCAGACCCAUGAGUUCUCCUCCGACCAGCACACCCCUCCAAAAUCCAGAAGAGAAUUGCGGAUCAAAAACCUACAAUCCCAAGAACCACAUUUGUUGCUCAGGGUUUCUGUAUAAGGCAUCAGCACUUACUAUGUGCUGUGGUAACAGAAUUUACACUCCGUUCGAUGAAAAUGUGCUGUGCUGUAAUGGAACCCUUCAUCAUGUGCCAAAGCAAUCUGAGUGUGUCGGAGGUGUUGUAUAUACUAACAAUACCUGCGACCUGUCUGCCCGUCCCCGUCUUGGUGAGCACUGUUGUGGAGGACAAACCUACGAACCUCGCACGCAUAUUUGCUGUAAUGGACACAGCCAUCACAUGAGGAAUGGUAAUUUCUGUUGUGGUUCACAAGUCUAUGACCCAAACAACAAGUCUAUGAAAUGCUGCUCGGGUCAUCUCUACAAAGAUUUAGGAGAAUAUGCAGAAUGCUGUGGAAACCUCUUACUCAAUGAAACCAAGCGAAUUUGCUGUUCUUCCUCAACCAAUACCAUUCUUUAUGACACCAAAUCAAAUCACCAUUGCUGUGGGCAUUACUACUACAACGCGUCCCUGUGGAACUGCUGUGCUGAAAAUCUCAAACCAACAUCAAGACAGAAUAGCGUUCAUGCAGGAUACAGACUUAGACAACUAACGGAUCUGAUUCCUAAAAUAUGCAAUGAAACAGUGCUCUUUGGCAAAGUGGAGAGUAUGGCACUUGGCAAACAUGACCGUCAAGUUAUGUUGAAAGUUGUCGAUGACUUCAAGGACUCUUGGCAUUACGAAUACCUGGAUCACUGCAGAACUCCAGCCCUGGAGAACGGCAUGACCUACCUUUGGAAGAAUACCACCAAUGGGUACAAGCCUAUCUCCACCCCUGUUGAGCAGAUCUCUGACAUUCAUAUGUUCUAUACUGUAUGUCGCCAACAUAAGUGUCAGAAAGGAUAGGAAUAUGGAUUGAGGUCUAUUUCCAGUCAGUUCAAAGCAAAUCUCUGCUGUUUUUCAUUAGAUGUCUGAUCUGAAGACAAAUAAUGACCUCAGUAUGUGAAAGCCAUUAUUUGAAAGCUAAAACCUUUAUUCCUAUAAGCAAGUUAACAAUGUCUCAGCAUUACAUGUUUUGAAUCUUGUGCUAUUUUUUCCAUUGGAUUUUUUUUUUUUUUUUUCAUGUUUGCAUUAAGCUAUUUAAUCAGUCAGGUCAUUUUAAGGUUUGUAAUCCAGUAUUCUGAGUUCUCUUUUUUAAAAUGUAAAUUGCUAUGCAGUGUUAAUGUUAUGUAUUUCAAGUUGCACUGCAAUACCUAAUAAGCAUUUUAAUUGUACUGUAUUUUGACAUUUUAAAAGUCUCAGGUCUGUUCCAAUUUCUGUUCCAUGUUUUAACAAUUUGAAGGGCCAUUAUGUACUGUAGCUCAAAGGUGCUUUUAAAUUUUUUGUUAAUUAAUGGCUUUUAUCCUAAAUUACAGGAAGACAGCAGUUUUUUCCUAUAUUUUUGGAUAUUUUAAAAUUCAUAUUGACAACAACUCAACUGUAAUUUGUAGUAGCUAUGUAUUUCUUUUCAUAUUUUAUUAUUUCUUUUCAUUGAAUGUCAAAUCUAUAGGUUUGUUAUAUUUGCCAAACAACGGUUCUCCUUCUGUGCAAACAUGUGAAUUUGUAUGAAUUCAUACAAAUGUUUUCACGCUGAAAUCUAAACACCUGUUACACAUCUGUGUUAAGACCAUAUAUUCAUUAACAAACAUGCAUACAGUAUGAACUAUGUAAUGACUUGGGAUUUUUUUUUUCCCUGUACUGUUCAAUUUCCAUGUAUUAACUAUAUAUAAAUGUGAAUACAAGCUAAUCACACAGCUUUAUUAGUUGUGUGAUGAAAGUUCACUCAUUCAGUUUAUUAUAGAAAUGCAGACAUGGAACUUGCGAAAAUUAUAUAAUAUAUUGCCAUUUGAGAUUGUAUAUCAAAUCUAUUAUUUCUAAAUAAAUAUCUAUUGAGAAGCACAAAGACUGCAUAUUUUAUCAGGACUUUAAAACAGAGGUCUUUAACCCUGCUUCUGGGGAACCCACUGUACUGCAGUGUUUAUUUACAAGCUGCUUCUUCAGCACACCUUCAUGUGUAGGUGUUAAGUUUGGUGUCGAUAAGCUAAAGUGUUGCAGAGAUAGAGCCAAAGAUUCAGUUUGGCAUCAUGCCCCCAAUUCCGUUGGUGUGCUAAAUGAUAACGACUUUGUCCAUUGACACAGAACCAAUAACUGUGUAUUAACCAAUAAACAUGUUCUGAAGAUAA